AUGUCUUUUCUAAACCGCCUAGCCAGCCUUCUGGGCCUUUCAUCCCCUGUUGCACCCCCAGGCGCCGCCCUCGCAGCAACCGUUACAGUAUCUGCAUCGUUGGGAUUUGUCCCAGUCGCGGUUCACUUUGAUCUCUUCAAUAUCCUCGUGAGUCAUGGCAGACCUGUGACGGCAGAUGAAGUAUCGGCGACCUGCAAUGCACGUAUCAAAUCCCGAGGGGAAAAUGAGCCUGAACUGAGUACAAGAUUAGCCUCGGACACACUCUACAUCAUGGCUGGACUCGGCCUAGUAGAACGCGUAACCGACGAUUGCUUCACGGCAAAUGCCAUCACAAACCACAUGGUUGCCAUGCCGUCCGCGCAGCAUGGCGUACUGCACUUCACCACGGAAGGCCUAAUGGCAGGCGCAUUCUUGAUGAAAAAGCUCCAGGAUACCCGCUUUGCAUACCCCUUCGCGGAGGCGGAUGGCCCCUUGCAAUAUGCCUAUCGGCUAAUGGGCCAAUCCAAGCUGGCGAAGCAGCAUACGUACUCGAUCAUGGAGACCCAGGGUCGUAUGGACAGUUUCAACCAUUUCAUGGUCGGCAAGUUCCUGAAGUUCGGGACUUUCCCCGAGCGCGUCAAAUCGAUGGGCUAUGAUUUAGAUGGCGCGUUGGCGGGUGGCACUGCCACUGGCACUGGCACCGGUUCUGCUACUAUGGUUGACAUCGGCGGUGGUCGUGGCGAACUCCUCCUCGAGGUCCAGGCUGUGUACCCCCAUCUCGGCGCGGAGGAUCUAAUCGUGCAGGAAUUCAAUGCUGAUAUCGAUAACGUGCCUGGUGUGCGUCUUAUGGAGUGGAACUACAAGGAGGAGGAGGAGCAGCCCGUUCGUGGGGCAUGUGUUUACGCGCUGCAACAUAUCUUGCAUAACUUGCCUGAUUUGGAUGCUGUGGCAUUGCUGCAGAAGAUUUCGCGUGCUAUGACUCCUGGUUCGAGGGUGUUGAUUAUUGAGUAUGCCAAGAAUCUGACUUAUGCUUCACUUCAUGCGAGUAUGAUUGCGUUGUACGGAGGCCGAGAGAGGGGUUCGGUGGAGUGGAGGCAGAUGGCGGGUUUGUGUGGGCUGGAGGUGACUUUUGAGGUUUAUGUUAGGGCUGGAGAGUCAUUGGUUGAGAUGAGGAGGGCAGAUCGGUAG